CCUGGGCCCGGCCUCUUUUCACAAGAAGCCAGACUUUCCUCACCGGCGUUGCUCUCCUCGCCUCGCCUCCCCCUCUUAUCUCCUCCGCUCCCGUGCUGCCGCCAACACCGCAGCAAUCACCACCGGCACGCCUGUCUCCAAACGAAGACACGUAAACCCUAACAAGCCAACACGUACGGAGGGAGAGCACGAACGCGGGAGGAGGCGCGAUCGAUCGAGCGAGCAGCGGAGAAGGCUUCGGUUGUUGGCCAUGCGGCGAUCGGAAUGGGAGGACCGGUGCAAGCGGCACCCGGAGCACCGGCUGUCCAAGGGCGUGUGCCCCUACUGCCUCCGCGACCGCCUCGCCCACCUGUCCGCCUCCUCCUCGGCCACCACCACCACGGGGGCCUCCUCCUCCUCCGCCACCUCCUCCCACUACUCCUCCGGCGCCGGCACGCCUCCGCGCUACGGCUACCACGUCGCGCUCUCGAGCGACGUCAGCUCCGUCCACGUCGUCGGCGAUGGCUCAUCCUUCGUCAACGUCGCGGCCUUCUCUCAGCCGCUGAUGCCGUCCUCCGUUGGUAGCAAACUAGACGGAGGAGGGAGGGAAGAAGAGCCGGGCAGGGAGGCAUCUGGCAAGGGGAAGCAGCAGGAGGUGAAGAGGAAGAAGAGCGGUAAGAAGAAGAAGAUUGGGCGGUUCCUGUCGAGGCUCGUCGGAGCGGAGAAGCGGCGGCAAUCAGGGGACGGCGAUGGCGGCGAGCUCUUCCAUUCCAAGACAAUGAAGGAGAAGACGGGGCACAAGUGGGUAUUUUUCUGAUCAAACGUUGCUGCCACGGUUGCAAACUAUGGGUCGUCCAUGCGCUUGGGUGUUGUUCUUGCCGACUCUUUUUUAUUUUUAGGGGGGCUUUCAGUUUUCACUCUAAACUUUUUUAAAGUAUUUUUUGUGUUUGAUUUUGAUUUUUUUUUGGUUUCAAAAGAAGAAUUUUGGGAUCCUGUAAGUAUAUAUACGACCUGAAGUUUAUUAACCUGUCAAUGAUUUGUACCUAACCACAAGGGAGGAUUGCAGAUCUUUACCGUGUUAAGCUAGAAAAUAUACGGGUGUAAAAUUAGGCAUAUGUACAGUAUCUUGUAUGGUUUACAUGCGAAACCGAUGGGUUUUUUGACGUGGUUAUCACGAUAACUGUGAUGAUCGUGGUGAGAAACCGUCGUACUCCGCGGGAUUUGGUUUCGGAGUGCGGAAUGACAAUGUAAACCCUCAUAGGUUAAACUGUAAGUUUCAUUUCUCGAAUUCGUGCAUGAUCUUGUAUGCUGAAGUUAACA